CCUCCAUUGGGUCUCCGCCUAUGCGUACCGGGUUGUAUGUGUGGAUUUUACUGAACAUCGCAUUAACAGGUUUUCUUUAAUUUAAGGGAUUUUAAAAGAUAAUUCUUUAAACAUUUCCAUAUUUUACAACGGUAACGUUUUGGAAAGGAAGCAUGGAGCGUGCUGGUCUUUUAACAUCUGAUAGAAUACCAGUUCCUCUAAAGAGCAUCGAGGUGGACCUGGAGGUGAGGGACUAUGUAGCUACAGUGUUCUCCACUCUGAACUACAAGAACCAGGAGGACAAACCACUAGAGGCUGUCUUUGUCUUCCCUCUGCCUGGAGAUGCUGCUGUGUGUCAUUUCAGUGCUCAGAUUGGACAGACACACAUUGUAGCUGAGGUGAAGGAGAAACAGCAGGCUCGAGAGGAGUAUGAUGAUGCACUGAGCUCCGGUCAGCAGGCCUUCCUACUGGAGGAGAGUGAGCAGAGUCCAGAUAUAUUCUCUCUGAGUGUGGGCAGUCUGCCUCCAGGAGAGAGCGCCUCCAUCAGGCUGGACUACGUCACUGAGCUGGCUGUGCAGGCUGAUGAUGGGCUGAGGUUCUGUCUGCCUGCUGUGCUCAACCCUCGCUACCAACCUCGGGGUAGUGAAGGCCCCAGGGUCCAGGUGAGCUCAGUUCCAGCCUCUCUGGUGCCCUACAGUCUGUCCUUUUCUGUCCAAGUGUCCUCUACUCGUCCAAUCUGUAAAGUGGAGUCCAGCUGUUCCCUGGAGCCUCUUCAGUACCUGAACAGUGAUCAAACACAGGCCACGCUUAAGUUGGCUGCAGGACACAAGUUUGACAGAGACGUUGAAGUGCUGAUUUAUUACAAAGACGCCCACCAGCCCACUGCUGUGGUGGAGGCAGGACAGGCCUCUGCUCAACCUGGCUCACUGAUGGGUGAUCCAGUGGUGAUGGUGAGCCUGUACCCUGAGUUCCCUCAGUCUGUGAUGUCCUCACUCGCCUCCAGUGGAGAGUUUGUGUUCCUGAUGGAUCGAUCUGGGAGUAUGGGCCGGUCCAUCAAUUACAGCAAUCCACACGAAACUCGCAUAACUAGUGCAAGGGACACUCUGCUGCUACUGCUGAAGAGUUUACCUAUGGGCUGCUACUUCAACAUCUACAGCUUUUGGUCCAAAUUUAUACAGAUGUUCCCUGAGAGUGUAAAGUACAACAGGAAGACCAUGGAGGAGGCUAUGAAGAAAGUUCAGGAAAUGGGGGCUAAUCUAGGAGGAACAGAGAUCCUUCAACCUCUUCAACACAUUUACAGCCAGCCCUACAUUCCCAAACAGCCUAGACAACUGUUUGUCUUCACUGACGGAGAGGUGGGGAACACCAAAGAAGUGAUUGAUCUUGUGAAGAAGAAUGCAGGCUCCCACAGAUGUUUCUCAUUUGGGAUUGGAGAAGGAGCCAGCUCUGCUCUUAUUAAUGGGAUAGCCAAGGCAGGAGGAGGUCAUGCUCAGUUUAUCACUGGGACUGACAGGAUGCAACCAAAAGUGACGCAGUCACUGAAGUUUGCACAGCAGCCAGUCGUGGAGGAGGUCUCUGUCGCAUGGGAUUUACCAAAGGGAGUGUCCGCUACCGUCCUCUCCCCACCCAUCACAACAAUGUUUCAGGGUCAGAGGUCACUGAUUUAUGCCCAACUUACUGGAGAGAGUCUGGGUGCUUCAGAAGGCUGUGUGACUGUGAAAUACAGCCUGGCAGGUCAUCCUUUUCAGAACCAGAUAUACUUCAGUCUCAAACCUGCUGAUGACACGGGAUUAACACUCCACAGGUUGGCUGCUCACAGUGCAAUUAGAUCUUUGGAGUCAGAGCAGGGACCACACAGAGAACAGCAAGAUAGAGAGGUGAAGAAGGUGGUGGAGCUUAGUGUCCAAUCCGGAGUGAGCAGUUCUUUCACUGCUUUCAUUGCUGUUAACAAAGACAACGGCAAGCCAGUUCAAGGACCUCUGGUGUGUAGAAAUGUUCCAACACCUGUCUCUAAACGUCCUAAUGACACAGCUACCAGAAUGGCUCAAGUGUUGGCUUUACAACAAGGUUUUUCCGGACAGGGCAAGCCUGACAACGGUUUUCUCUCUAAAAUGAAGCAAAGAUUCUUCACCUUGAUGAAGCCUCAUAAACCACCUCAAAAGCCUAAUGCUGCUGUUGUCAAGCCUCCACCUAAAGAGAAAAGAGCUGCUGCACCUCCCCAACCUGAUAGAGACCCUCUGCUGCUGCUGAUCUCCCUCCAGAAAGCUUCUGGCUUCUGGCUGCUUGACUCACAUUUGGCUGAUGUGCUGGGAAAGACCAGUGAGGAGAUGGAGAUGUCAAAACCUACAGGAGUCAACAGAAAAGUGUACGCCACCUUUUUGGCUCUGAUCUGGCUUCAUGGAUUCAAGAUGGAUGCAAAGGAGGAGUGGGAGCUUCUGGCUGGGAAGGCUGCUCGGUGGAUCCAAGCUGAGAAUGCUCAGUGCGUGACAGAGUGUGUUGAUGCAGGAAACAAACUGCUGGGCUGCAGCGUGAAAAUGGAAGCUCUGGGGUUCUGAGGCAUGAACGUGGCCAGGACUGAGUCCAGGUUUCACAAGCCACAAUGUCCCUGGCCAUGCAAAGGCCUCCAAAAUUUAAGGUGGACUAAUUUAAUAAAACAUACAUGAACUGGU